CCUGAUUGACAGCGUCACUACUGCUGCCACAAAUCGUAUAUUUUCUAUAUAAAAUUACAACAUUAAAUCGCGCAUCAAAUGAAUUUGCCAUGCAGUGAAUUUUCGCUGCAGACGUCUUGAUGUCAGCAUCUGAUUUAUUUUUAUAAGUUUUCGUCAGCACGAAGAAGCCCAGACUCAACAGUAGGCAUUCAAAAUAAAUGUUUUUAUUUUAAAUAACAUGUAAGAAGAAAAUAAUUAUCCAAAGAACACACGAAAUACUACCAUCUUGCUCCACACUUGCUUAUCUGACCAUAAGAUUCAUACAAUGUCUUAAGUUUAGUGCCGUUGACCUAUCGACAAAUUGAAAUCAGUCAGAAAAGUAAUAAAAUAUUUAUCGAGAAACUAUCGGACUAUUUUUCUAAAUACAGCAUAGGAAGGAAAAAAAUCUUUCAUUGGCAUACAAUCUGUGAACUGGAAGACAAAUGAUGUUGCUUAGGACGUGCUUGUAUCCACAAUAUAUGGCUAGAGAUAGGAAAUUAGCAAGUCUUCUCAUUAUCAUAAUAUUGUGUGAUGUUUUGAGUGAUGUAGCAGCAACGGGAACAAGUAGUGUUCAUCAUAGCCAUCAUCACAUGGAGCGUCAUCACACGCCAACGUCUAAAGAAGGCGGAGGAGACGGAAUACUGCACGACCAGGCGCUGUUAGGUGACCGCCAGCACAUGGAAGAGGAUCUUGCGCAUCAGCUCUCAGCAGAGCAGAUCAGCAAGAUGUCGCCUGGAGAACUGGAAUACCAUUACUUCAAGGUGCACGACUUUGACAAGAACGGCAAGCUGGACGGCCUGGAAAUUCUGGUGGCGAUCGGACACGUGGUGCACCUGCCAGGCGUAGAGCAGGGCAUUGAUGUGAAGCAGCUGCCACAGAUUACUGAGAUGAUCGAUGAGGUGUUCGAGGAGGCAGACGGCAACAAAGACGGCUACUUGUCGUACUACGAAUACGCGCGCACGCGGCGCUAGGGCGGCGCUGGGCGAGGCCAGGGAGAGGCUUGCGGUUGACCUUCCAGCUCAGUCAUACGAUGUCGCAAGAGUCGAAUAUCUGUGUAAAUUCCGCAACUAAAUUUCCCCAAUAAAUAUCUUUCGUUA